AUGUCUGAACGAGGCUCAUUCCGAGGCGGUCGCGGUCGUGGUGGCCGCGGCGGCCAGGGCCAGCAGAAAAGUGGCGGUGGCGGUGCACAGGAGAAGCCCAAAAAGGAAAACAUCUUGGAUCUCAACAAGUACAUGGACAAGGAGGUCCAAGUGAAGUUCAAUGGCGGUCGUGAGGUCACCGGUAUCCUCAAGGGUUACGACCAGCUGAUGAACCUGGUUCUCGACGAUGUCAAGGAGACCAUGCGUGAUGAGGAGGGUAACACUACCACCCGCUCAAUGGGUCUGAUCGUCGCCCGUGGCACUUUGAUCGUACUGAUCUCCCCCGCUGAUGGCAGCGAGGAAAUCCCCAACCCUUUCUUGCAAGCAGAAGAGUAA